CACUCAGCGCGGUGUUUUCCACUCUGCACCACGCAGGCACGCGUGUGCUCGCGGCGGGAAAGGACGCCCCGUGGAGCGUGCGCGUGCCCUGGCAAUUUGAUAUACGGGCCCCGCCCCCCCACAAAGACGGCGCCGCUCCGCGCUCGUUCGGCGGGCGGUGUUUGUGUGCGUGCCGGCGUCAAAGAGGAGUAGGCCGUUUCCCACUUCCGCGGCGGCCGGCGGCCGAGGCCGCCGCAGCAGCCACCACCGCAGCAGCCACUCGUCGCCGUCCUCAUGCGGCGGCUGCACCCGUCGAUCGAGCGCUGCGCCGCUGCUGGGAGCAGCAACAGCAGCAGCAACCUCCUCCCGCGCCUCGCCGAAGACUACGAGGAGCAAGCGCCGAAGCGAUCAUCUGGGCUACCGUGAGAAGAUGCCCGCGGGAGUCGGUUAGCGGUCCCACGAGAAGGCAGGAAGAAGGCGCAGCGGAGGCGCAGCUGCUCCUCCGGCGUGUUUGUUCCAGAGCGGAGCUCUCCUCCGAGAGGCAGGAGCAGCGACGGCUCGCCCACCACCGGGACCCUUAUAAGGACGCGGCGACACUUAUAGCAGCAGCCGCCGCACGCGGGAGCUGUGGCGGCGGCCCUGCUGCCGCGGGUCCCGCCGCUAAGCUGCGCGCGCGUGCGGCCGACGCUUUGCCGCACGGCUGCCCCGAGGCGCUGCCGUAGCAGCCGCUGUUCCUCGGCGCGCUUGCCUCUGCUCUGCCACCGCCCUGGGACACAGCCCCGCGAGCUUUUUUUAGGAGGCGCGAGCAAGACGGCGGACCGCGUUUCGCCAGGCCGACGUCGCGGUCGUCAUCUCCCACCGCCGCUUGAGAGAGCGAGCGCGUCUCUCUUCUCUGCAUCCCGCGGGCGCAAGGCGCCUCCGCAUCAUCAUCUCGACUCUGCGGCUGCCGACUGCACAUUCGGCUCUCCGAUGUGACUUGUGACUACACCGUGUGGCUAUCACCUUUUUUUUAUUGUUAUUUCUGUCUAUAUUCCUCCGUUUUCUCGAAGCCGAGAUCUUCCAUCGCGUGCUGCCGCCCCGAGGAACUUGAGAAGUGCGUGUGUGUCUGUGACUCGUGCGAGGUGCUUUAUUUAAGAACCGCUGAGCCGUGUGAGGUGCGCGUGUGAGUCAACAGUGUGGCCCGGGCCUGCCAGCGACGUCUGCGUCGUUGUCGGUUCUUCGGUUUCAUCUGCCGUGGAGUAUACGCCAUCGGAAGAUCUUCGCACUGUGCCUUCUGAACGUGGUGGCCAGACGUAACCAUCCCGUUCCCUAAUUUUGCAUUCUUUUGUUUUUUGCGCAAUUUUUGGCUCAGAGUUUCACAAUUUUUGAGGCACGUCCACCCGAGCACAACUUUUUUUUUCCAUUUUGCUUGUGUGUGUUUGUGUUCUUCAUUGCGUGUGCGUGUGUGAGUGUACCGUCGCCGUCCUCGGAUUCCGCCUCCUCGAGGGUUUGCGUGUCUGUAGAGAAAAACCGUACGCUGCUGCGUCUCCUCGACGAGGUUCUCUCUCCCGUUCCCUGCUCUUCUCGGAAAGACAAGAACGCGGCGUCGAGCAGCGGUCGCCGCUCGUUGUGUUGCGCUUCCUGCUUCUUUUUAAAGUGGUGCGCAUUUUGUGACUGGGCUCCACGCUGCGUGUCGUCAUUUCUGCCGUUGUCAAGUGCACUUAUUCUCGCUCCCAUGAAGACACGCGCUAGGCGCCGAAGAACGACAACGCUGGCGAAUGCGAAUGUCGGGCCGUCCGACUUGGAGGAGGUGCUGCUACGUCGGCCCGCAGCGGCGUUCGCGAGAAGCCUCGUGAUGGCAUAAGGCAGCAAGCGCAAAAGAGGGGGAUUAUGCUGAGCUAUGCGUGCUGCCAGUACGUGGUGACGAGAGUGACCCUGUACCACAGCGCUUUGGUGGACUUGUCUCGAAGUCGUUCGGUGCACGCUGUCGAACACGAGCCCUGCUGUCCGGAUCCGCAGUUUAUCUCGGCGAACGACUGCAAAGCCGUUCACUACGGCGUUUGCUCGCCCCUGCUCAAGCUUCCAUCGUUCUCGGUGGCGCCCACGUCGCCCGCCAUCAUCAUGGCGCCGCAGCCUCCGAGGCCCCAGUCGGCCACGUCUACGGCGACGGAGUUGAGUUUAGAGGGGCUGGAUCCCGUCGAACUCUUGGCCGUUGACCUGGAGGGCAAGCUCGAGGCUCUGGUCAACUCUUUCGUCGCUCAGGACAAAGUGAAAACCGCCGCUAGAAAGUCGAAGACAGCCAUGGCGUCGUCCCAGGCUUCGGCCGCUAAGAAGCUGGUUUCGAACCAGUCUUCCGGAGGAGCAGGCACAUCGAGCGUGGUGCCGUCGUUCGGCGGAAAGCAAGAGUCAAAGCCAUCUUUCAAAGACGACUCGGGUAAAAAGCGAGUCAAAAGCGGUGACCCGGAAGCGAAGACAACGAGCAAGACGAGCAACGACAAAUUGGCCAGCGACGCUGCGCCCAGAAAGGUCGGCACCGUCCUGGUGACAUCCGGAACAGGAGUGACAACUAAGAAGGACGUCACCGCUCGCGUCACACCCGCAGGAGUGAAAGCGCCAGCUGCGGAUGCACCCACUACGAAAGAUGUUACGUCGAAGCUGAAGGUCUCAAAAUCGACUCUCACUUACAACUCGCAUGAGAACGAUGCGGCCAAAAAGAAAGUCGACAAGCCGACCUCAAAAACGAGGUCUCUUCUCACAGUAGACGGACGCGAACACAGUCCUUCAUCAGACGCUUCAACGGACAGCGAGAAAACGGAGAAAUCGCCUUCUCCAACUCCUGGCAGUCAAAGAAAAGUGUUUAAGUUGUCCCCGCCAAACGUCAUAUCUCUAGUCACGGGUGCUCCUAAACCUGCUGCCUCUCCGCCUCCUAGCUUCAGCGCCACAUACGUUUCAGCCGCCACACCCUCCAAAUCUACAACAACGACGGUGGCUGACAAAGUGGCAGUCCGAGAUUCACCGUCUCCGAAGACGUCUCCGAAAGACAGUGCGAAGGACUCCGCUACCAGGCCUUCGAGUCAUCCUAGCGGCCCCAAAGAGCCCAGCACUAAAGCUCCCAGCACUAAAGCUCCUAGUCAUGAGCCAUCUAAGCCAGCACUAUCAGACAGUGGCAGUGUAUCCAGAGAAAGAAAGACAGUGCAACCCUCGCCUUCGCCGACGCCCAAGCCCGUAAUUGCCGUGAAGCCCGUUAGCGGCAACAGGAAUGCGACGGCGGCGACCUCCGCGGCCAUGGAUUUCGCCAAGUCCCGAUUCCAGGGUCUGCCCGAGCCGAAGCAGUUCGAGGAACUUUUCAAGCAGAAGCCCUGCAAGAACGGCCACGUCGUGAACGAUGCCAAAAGCCGCUGGGAGUCGUUGAGCUCUCCGAGCUCCGCGGCGGAGCAGCUGUGGCCCAACAGCGUCGGCAGCGGCAGGAGCAGCAGCGCCCCCGUCGCGAUCCCUGGAAGCAACUGCAAUCACGACUUGCAGGGGCCCGACUUGGACUCGCCGCUGUCGACUUCGCCCAGGCGACUCAACUCGCCCGAGGCGUUGUUCCUCGAGGCCAGCUCGCCACCCAGCAUCCCGCACCCGCGGCUCACGUCGUCGCAGAAGCAGCACAUCCGCGAGCGCUCGCUGUCGCCCACCGAGCGCACUCACAUGCACGUGCCCGUGCGCCCGUUCCUCACCAAGGGUUCUGUGGCCGAGCGCGUGCUGCUCUUUGAGCGCUGCCCGGAGCGUGCCAGCCUGGAGCGCACGCCGGCGCCGGCUAAGGGCAAGCCGACUGUGUACAACGUGUGGAAACAGCACCACGGCACUGCUGACUCCCACUCAGGAUCGCAGCAGAGCCAGCACGAGAAGGCGUUCGUGGAGUCCCAGACGGCGUCGCUGAAGCGGGUGGUGCGCUCGUCGACCAAGCAGGCGAGCUGCAUCCCGCGCUUCUACUACCCCGCGGGCAAGCCCAUGACGCCCGCACAGCUGGACGCGCACCUGGUCAAGGUCAAGGCAGCCUUCGCCAGCCUCAGGGAUGGCCGGGCCACCAGCACAAACUUCAGCGCCAUCAUCAGGGCGUGCGGGGUGCCUCUCUACUGGAAGAUGCCGCUGUACGCAGCCUGCGGAGGAGAGUCCCGCGGUUACGUCACCAGUGACGUCUUCAUCGACUUCUGGAAGAGGAUAGUGUCCACUGGACGCGACGAGCCGACGUGGUUCGUCAAGAUCCUCAGCAAAGCGACGAGGAACUACCUGGUGCCCGAGGACUUUAUUCCCAUGAUGCAGGAUGUGAUAGACACCCAUCCGGGACUCACCUUUCUCAAGGAAGCCGUGGAGUUCCACUCGAGGUAUAUUAAUACGGUAAUCGCUAGGAUAUUCUACUGUGUAAAUAGGUCGUGGAGUGGCAGGAUCACCAUUCCCGAACUCAGGAAAAGCAAUUUCUUACAGGUGUUGUCCCUGCUGGAAGACGAGGAGGACAUCAACCAGAUCACCGAGUACUUCUCGUACGAGCACUUCUACGUCAUCUACUGCAAGUUCUGGGAGCUCGACAAGGACCACGACCUGUACAUCGACCGAUACGAUCUGUCCAGGCACAACGAAGGAGCUAUCUCCAUGCGGAUGAUCGACAGGAUCUUCUCUGGCGCCGUCACGCGGGGCCCUAUUCAGAAGGAAGGAAAGAUGAGCUACAGCGAAUUUGUCUGGUUCAUCAUGUCCGAGGAAGACAAAAGGCAUCCGAGGAGCAUAGAGUACUGGUUCCGAUGCAUGGACAUUGACGGCGACGGGUACCUGUCGAUGUACGAGCUGGAGUACUUCUACGAGGAGCAGCUCACACGCAUGGAAGCUCUGGGCAUCGAGACCCUGCCUUUCAGCGACUGUCUCUGUCAGAUGCUGGACAUGGUGCAGCCCAAGCAAAAGGGCAAGGUGUCGCUGGCCGACCUGAAGCGGUGCAAGAUGACGCCCAUCUUCUUCGACACUUUCUUCAACCUCGAGAAGUACCUAGACCACGAGCAGCGCGACCCCUUCGCCUCGCGGGACCACGACGGAGACGGAAUGGAGAUUUCCGACUGGGACCGGUACGCCGCCGACGAGUACGAGCUUCUGGUGGCAGAAGAAGGGAACUUUGAGAAUCACGAACUCCUGUACAGUGAUUACGACCCGGACGAUGACGAGCUGUCUCCAAACCUGGAGAAGCUGGCGGCCCCGCUGCGCUGUCGGACAGGCCGCCCUGGACGCCUGGACGACGACGAGUACGACUACGCAGAGUCGGACACCGACUACCACUACUGAGACUCCGACGACAAGGACUGAGUGGAACGGCGUCCACGUGCAGUGCACGCAAUCUGCUCGCUGCGUCUUUUUUUUUUUUUCGGCGAGAGACUCCCGCCGCGGGCUCAGACCAGCGUCCGACGUGCGCAGCAGUUGGAGGCUGCAGACUCUCGUGCGCCUCUUGCCGUAUACACAUGCCCCGAUGCCUCCACAUUGGGAGCUGUUGCUCUCCGAAGCUACCGGAACUAUGCAUCAACUCGCUGUCUGUGAUUGUCUCGCUGCAAGAAAGGUCGCGCUGGUGCGCGCACUGCGGAGACAAAUUGAAGGCCAAACGCGAAUCAUUUGACCACACGUCACGCGAAAGCACUUGUCGUCCCGCCUGUCUUUGGACGUGAAGUCCGGCCUCCCUUGGUCGUCCUCUGUAGAUGCGUUCUGCUGGACGUCCUCCUUCUACGUACUUCGAUGCACUUUUCAUACAUCCGUCCAAAUCAUUUACUCGUUACGUGGAAGGCGCGCAGUCUCGAGACUCAAAACGAAAGGGACGGAAGAAGACGCUCUUGCUUGUUGGGAGGCUGACUACUGCGAGAUUGUCCUGUUUGUGGCUUCGAUGCGAGCAAAGAACAAUACGCUGCCAAAGAAUACUUUCCUUCGGUGAAGGAACCAGCCGAAAGCACCGUCGUGCAAUGCUUUGCCAGUCCGCCAACCGUCGCCGGUGCCGUGCGUGCAGGGCGCCGAGGAUGUCUCGCGCUUCUUGUGGUGCCCUCGCGGGGUCCUCGAUUUGGUUAACCUGUCGAGGGAGGCCCGGCGAGCGCCUCUAUGGGACACAGUUCUUUGUGCUCGGUGACACACUUUUUUUUCUCUCGACACUUUACGAGAAUAAUUUUUUGCUUGUGUGCGAACGGACGCCAGGCGAGCAGCCCCGAUGUUGAUCUGUUUGUGAUGCGUCUAGACCUGGCACCCGCGGCACGAUUGUGCAUCUUAUAGUUUCAAGGUUUUGGGUGUGCCAUGGUGACUGUGCAUGUCAAUAGGAACAGCUCCGCAGUCCAUCUGAUCGUGGUGCUUCAAGAUUUGACGUUCACGGAUGACUGUUGUGCGUGUGCUGCAACGAGGUUUCAGUGCUAUAUGUGGUGAUUGCUUAUACUGAUAGAAGUGCGUGCUGUUCUACAUAUGUCCUGCUAAACGACUAGAGUCAAGGCAUCUGACAAGGAUGAAGAGCAAGCUGGCAAGCAGAACAAGAUCUAACCGAGGAUUAUGAUUUGCAUCAUAUGUGGAACGAUCGUAUGGUUACAUUUUGUGAGUGUAAUGGUAUACUGAUUAGUCUUGAGUUAAACUAUGCAGCCACGCAAGUGUUGUAGCGAUGGACACCGAACGCUUGUUCACGCCUCGCUCCCUGACAAGCGGCCUGGAACCGCAGUUGUACCAGAGCAGCUGUAGAUAACGCGUGUCGUUUAUUGUUGCGUCACCUGUGUAUAGAGCUUAUGUGACGGCUCGUGGAGGAGUUGUUGGGGUCAGAUUUCUUGCGAGCAUGUCUGGCCGUCAUAUAGAUUGUCGAGAAGUCCGUUAGGUUUCCCUUGCUUCGUUUAUUGUCCUCUAUCUUUCUCUUUUGUUGUGUGCAAAUUCGCGCUAUAUUCGGGGGCGUGUAAAUGGUCACUUGUUUCUGAAAAGCUUAUAUUUGAUAUAUGUCCUUUGUUUCGACAACUGCUAGAGAGUAGGCAAAAGGAUUACACUGAUAAUCUCUUUCGACUAUAUUUAUUGUUAUUGUUGUGGUAAAUAUAUAAAAGCUUGUGAAGAUAUAUAUAUACAUAUAAGGAGAACUAGAAAAAUGGGUAAUAAAUUUAUUAAAGUAAGCUAGGAGAGAGAUAUAAACGAAUAGUCUGACGCAAUCUGAAGAAGAUGCCAGCUUUAUAUUUUGUGUGGAGGAAAAGGCUCGAAGGCUCGUCACAGUAACAUUCGCAUUUUGUAAAUACAUAUACGCUCAAGUGCCAAAAGUACGCACCAGUCCAAGCCACGAGCACAACUAUUCUUCAAAAUGGCGAUUUGUCUGAGCCUUGAAAAACGCGACGAACGACGGAUGCACUAUUUGUGGGAAGCGAACUUGGCCUUUGGCCUUUCCCAGCUUUAUAAGCGUUCCCGCUGCUGGAUAGGAAGUCUUGGGAUAUGAGGCAAUCGAUGAAGUACUGUAGUGCAUGUGCCGCUCGCUCCCAAUUUCCGGCUGACGAAUCUCAAGGCCGACAGGAGCGUUCCGCGACGGUUGCAUUAGCUAAUCUUCGUGCACUGCAUCACCCACGCUUAACGUUUUGCUAGACAUCGUAUGAGGAAGCACUCUUGUCGUGCAUGCAGCGUACAUUGCGAAGACGGCUCCCUGCCAAAGAAAGAAUGUUGUCUACUUACCGAAUGCAGCACAUAGUCACCGUGAAUUAUAAUGCCUUCAGAGUAUAUGGUUGCUAACUGUCCCGAAUCGAUGCGAGCAUGCCGCGUAUAUAUUUAUAAAGAGGUCUUCCGAGUCCUGAAUUCGCCCUCUUGCAACAACCACAUGUCUCUGCCGUAAUCAGGCCUUGCGAAGCUCGGAGCUGGAGCCGCCCUCGCAGUGUUGUAAGCUUGCCACAUAUUGCAACUGCCAACAAAUGUGACUCCUAAGUUCUCGAACCUCCUCAGCCCUAGUAUACUAAUAUUUUUUUAGUGCUUGCCAGCGCCGUUCCAACAACAAGAAAGAGCAUUUCGUGUCACAAAAGCCGUGCCAGCAGGCACCGAAAAUCGUUGUGGAACGCGCGCGUUACCAAGAGUGGAGAGGUGGGGGGGAUAACGCUAAGGAGGACUUUCGUCUAACGUUUGAAUAAUCACAUUGUAAAGAAAGGUCAUUUGUCGCGUAGCUAAUCCAGGUAUCGCCUGAAUCGAAAUCAAACCACCAAAGCCAAAAAACAAACUGUUAUCUAUUUCAUUCUACCAGCAGUUCUCCUGCCGACCGAGCCGUUCGCCUCCUUGGCCUCAAUUUUCGUAAGAGAGUUGGCAACCCUAUCCAGGAGCCAUUUGAAGGCAAAGUGUCCGCGGAUUUAGAUAUGAUGGCACGACUUUACGAUUGCUCGCAUUUGACAGAGCCCGGUAAACACGGCCUCACUGCCACUGUUGCGAAUCGCACGCUCACGGAGUAUCACGCGCAGACGAGUUCGAUGCUACCAUCUGCCGCAAAAGCUCAUAGGUCAAAACGCUCGCUAUGUGUACCAGAUUGGACAUACAUCCGCAUGGUGGCGCCGCAGUGGCUGCCAUUGGGAGUAUGCGACAGACGUCUGGGCCUUCGCAGACUUGUGCGAGUAGAAAGUAGCUCAGAUUCGCUCAGACUUAUGGCCAGUCAGGGUGCGAGCGAGGUUGCCUGAGGACUUUUGCGACGUGUAGUACAGGUGUAAUCAUCACCGGUUGUCGUGUGGAGGCCAAGAAAGUCCAGAGAACGUGUGUCUCAAGCCGUUAUCUGCACAGCUCGCCUUGGUGCGUGUUAAAUUUCCUCUCUAGUCGCUUAUACCAAAGGUUUCGGCAAUGGAGAAUGCUUAUGCGGGUUCAUGCAUACUCGUAAUGUAAUCGAAAACCGGCACCGUUAGUAUAGUCUUGCUUCAACAGGGAGAAGAAGGGCUUUAACACCUCAUCAGCAUACACGCGCUAAUCCGGCCCCGCGUUUCUUUUUCUUUUUUGUCGAUGUCAGACAUUAAGGGAAAUAACGUAAUACCCUGCUAAAAUGACGCUCAAUAACCCGGCUCUAGCCUAACUCAAGAAUAAAAAAAAAGUAAACACUGGGCAAGUGGCAGGUCACAUUGAGAUUUCGACCAAUAGAUCGACGCCAUAAAGCACUCAGCAAAUGGCUUCAACGUGAGCCAGUCAGGUGGUGCAACAUCCAGAAAUGCCAUUUGCAGAUCCUAGGAGUUCUUCAUUCGUAUGCGAUUAAUGAUAUCCAAAAAGAUCUAUAUCUAGACCGUUGAAUAUGCUGCGUUACGCUCAUAUCUUUUAUCAGAACUUGUUCUCUCCGUCCCAUGCGUUCGUAAAAAAAGAACAGAGAGCAGAAAAUUUGACCAACCAAAAUGGUAUGCGCGCUUUGUAGCAAAAUGUUCAGCUCAAGCAAAACAUAAAGCAGCGUGGAUAGCCGAACUUCACCGGCAUAUUAUUGGUGAACCAGUAUCAGCCGCAGCAUGUUGUACGUAUCACAGUUCUUGUUUGUCCGUUUUUAUAUUUCGUUUUGUUGCUAUAAACGUUUCUUGAUUAACGUCUCGCAGCCCGACAUGGAGCUUCGUUAAACCUUUCUGGUUCAAUAAUUCCUGCAGGAAUUGCGAAUGCGCGCCUCGAGGUACACGUCUCACCGAGACAAAAAAGUCGAAGUGAUAACUAAUGUGAAAAAUCACAGCGCAAAUGGUGUUCAAAUAAUUUGCGACCAUAGUUCGGACAUUGAGUAACGCAACUUUAGAAAUCUGAAAUGUUACCAGCUGCCUACAGUAUGCAGAGCUCUCGAGAGGAGGUUUUGAUAUAUAUAUAAAAAAAACUACACUGGAAAUGUUUCGUUUGUGUGUGUGUGUUUGUUUGUUUGUUCCUUUCUACACACAAUAUACAUGUGUUACGCCAGAAACAAACAAAAAACCGAACGAGAAAGGGUUAACGAUAGCAGAAUGCGUUUCGUGUUCUUCCUAUAUUGCCGUUUAUUUAUUGUUCGUAGAGGACAAAAAACCUGCAUAGCCAAGAAAUAUGUUACGAGAAUAACAGUUUCAGAUGUCAUUCUACCAGCAGUUCAUUCUACCAGCUUGGAAUUGUACACGCAGCGCGACAAGCUCAAUGUGCGUGGCGCUUAAUUGUAUACACACCUCUCCCAGUCGUUCGAGACGCGCGCGCAACAAGUUAUUACUAUUUAUUCGGCAGUUCACGUUUACAUUUACGAAGCCCACAAACCAUCAUUGUUAUACGUGACCACAUUGUAUACGCGCUUCGACGACGAUUUUCAAAGGCGACACACAAAUGUGUUCAUAUAGUGUAAAUACGCGUUGCCUGUGUAGCGCGCAACAAAGUUUCUGAUUUAGAAGUCUGCUGGCCGCAAUUCUUUCUUCUUCUGUUAAUUACACGUCAGUGGUAUGAUCACAAAAAUAUUUUCAUAUAUACAUAAAAAAAGAAUCCCGCUCUACUCUUUCGUAGUAUUUCUCGAUUUCAACUGCUUCUUAGCUCGAGCCUUGAUGCGCUCAAGAUAAGGUAUAUAUCGGUUCAUUAGAGCGGGGAGCGUACUUGUUACAUCAGCAGUGUGGCUGGGCCUUGUUACACGAGUUCUGUAUGCGCUCACUUAGUUAAUAGAGUCGUUUACCUGUUGUUUUCCCGGUUCGUUUACUUGUUUUGUAAAUAAAAACAAAGAAAGCGCAUGUGUGCAUACCGAGUGACGUUUAUCCACGUAUGGCUUGUUUUGUUUGGUUGUUUCUGUUCUUCUUCUUCUCAAGCGCACGUUGAUGCACGCAUUUGAACUUGCUUCUGUGUUCCUGCUGCGCAUGACGCCCACCGAGCGAGUGACUACCACUUAUAUGCGCAGCACACGUCGCUUUCGAAGAGUGUUUUUACAGUUACCUCGAUGAUAUACUGACCACCAGAGGCCACUUGAAUCGGGGUGCGCAAAGCUUUCUAUCCUGUGCCUGACUGUCGCGAUAUUAGUUUCCUUUCCCCCACACUUUUGGUUUGUCUCCUCUACUUGUUGUUCUGUUAGCGAUGUGCGAAAAGAGUUUCUGAAGUGAAAUAAAAGAGAGAAGACUUCA